UUAUGGUGGGUCAUGGCAGCGGCACACAGUCAGCUGAUUACUGUCAACAUAUCCUUAAAACUUCCACAAAUUACUAUAUUCCGUUCGAAAUGCGUUUUUAUUUAGAAUUUCAACACUAAAAAUUACUGAGCAGUGUAUCCAGUUGGAGCUGCAAGCCAAGACAAAAUCGAAGUACAGUACAGUACAGAAUCUACACCUAAGAUGUCGGGGCUAGGAGGCAGCGAGGACGUGGACUCCAGCAUUAAGGCCCAGUUAGAAGAUGAUGUGAUCCGUGAAGCUCUCACCUCGGGAACGGACCUCAGACAAUACUCCCAGUCUGUAGAAAAGGAACUCCGACAGCUUGAAAAUCUAAGCAUUCAGGAUUACAUCAACAAGGCACAGAACAUAGCUACAUUGCAUCAUCAAAUAACAGAAUGUGACUCUAUACUAGAAAAUAUGCAAGGUAUGCUGGAAGGCUUCCUGACUCACUUAUCCACAAUUAGUAAGGAGAUACAGUCUCUCCAAGAGCAGUCAGCCACAAUCAACGUCCAACUGACCAACAGGAAGCAAGUUCAUUCCGAGAUGUCCGGGUUCAUUGAUCAACUCAUGGUCCCGGAAGUUAUGAUUCACCACAUACUCAGUACCCCGGUAACUGACGAGUUGUUCAUGCAGCAGCUUAAGGCGCUCAAUGAGAAGAGCAAGUUUAUCAAGGAACAAAAUUUUAGAGAUGCCCAUUCCUGUCAAGAUGUUCAAGAUAUUGUAGAUAAACUCACAGUAAAAGCAGUAAGUAAAAUUCGAGACUACUUACUGCAGAAGGUUUACCAGUUCCGCAAACCUCUCUCCAACUACCAGAUACCACAAAAUGCAAUGAUUAAGCACAAGUUUUUCUUUGAGUUCCUGCUCCUACAUGCAAGAACAAUAGCCGCAGAAAUUCACGACGAGUAUGUGGAAACAAUGAGCAAAGUCUACAACUCAUACUUCCAGUCUUACACAAAACAACUGUGGAAGUUGCAGUAUGAGGAAGGAGUGACUCGUGAUGACCUCAUGGGUGUGGAAGACUCACGCGCCAACAGCUUCUUCACAAAAAGCCUAAAGAGUCGAGGGACCGUGUUUACACUGGGUACUCGAGACUCAGUGCUUUCUCCAGCUGGCCUUAUUCAGGAUAUUAUUGUACCUCACACUGCUGGCAAGAGUGAAACCAAGUAUGCAUUUGAGGUGCUGUUCAGAAGUCAACAAUAUGCACUGAUGGACAACGGGUGUCGAGAGUAUAUCUUUCUCACCGAGUUCUUCAUGGUACGAGACAGUGAUGCGUUAAAGCUGUUCAUGACUGUGAUGGGCAAAACGCUCCAACAUGUUCAGAAAGAGGUGUGUGGUGUGGUUAUGGGAUGCUACGACUCUAUAGCAUUGUAUCUGUGUGCACAUCUCAUUCAUCAGUACCGACUUCUGUGCCACAAAAGGGCAGUUCCUGCUUUAGAUAAUCAUUGGGAACAAUUGCUUCACAUGAUAUGGCCAAGGUUUGAGUAUGUAGUGAAGACGAACAUACAAAGCAUUCAGGAGUGUGACCCAUCCAAAAUGGCAGCUCUGGACAUGCGGCCUCAUUAUAUCACGCGACGAUAUGCAGAAUUUAGUGGUGCAGUAAUGGUUCUACAUGAAAAGUUCCCACUGGAGGGUGUAGAUACUCUCAUGUUGCAGCUUCAAGAUGAAGUAGAGAAAGUUAUACUUAAGAUGGCUGCUGUCUUUCAUAAUCGCAAGGAUCAACUCAUUUUCCUGAUCAAUAAUUAUGACAUGAUGCUAACUGUGCUCUCUGAGAAAACUCGCGAAGACAGCCGUGAAUGUGAACGUUUGAAGGAAUUACUAGGUCAACGUACAGGAGAAUAUAUCGAAGAAGUGCUUGCACCCCACUUUGGUGGCAUGCUGACGUUUGUGAGGGAAAUAGAUCAUCUUAUUGCCAACAACAACACAGAAGCCUUGAAAGAUUAUGAGAAGAAAGUUGUGCCACUAGUUAGAUCAUUUUCAACUACCUGGAAAAAAUCAGUCGAGCGUCUCAACAACGAGGUGAUGCAGUGCUUCACAAACUUCCGCACCGGGACAGUUGUCCUACAGCGAGCUCUUGAGACCCUUAUCACAGCCCAUCAUACUUUUAACCGUAUCCUCGCUCACCAGGCUUUCCAAAAUUUGAACAUUAAAGGGGAUAUUGUGAAUUCACAUCAUUUGAUUGUUGAAGCAAAAAAAUAUAAGCCAACCUUUUAAACUGUUCAGAAUCAAAGUUAAAAAUCUUUUGGAAAUAUAUCAUUAUAACUCACAGUAAUCAGUGAUUGAAAUUUGGGGGAAAACAGUACGGUACAUAUAUAAACAUAUAGGCAGUACAGCACCAUGAUAGUUUUACAUUUAUCACAAAAUAUAUUUUCCAUACAUGAAUCUCAGAUUUUACUGUUGCAUUCCAAGUUGCACAUAUUACACUAUUAUGUAAAGGUUGUCCACAAGAAUUCCUAAAUAAAAUACUGUAGUAUGAAAAAACUUAAUUGUUAAAACCUUUUGACAUCUAAACUUCUUGGUUAAAAGCUCUCGCAACUUAAGAAGCACAGUUGACGUACCAACCUUGUUAACUCACAGGAGCAGAAAGUACCAAAAAGAAAUGUCCCACACCGCCGUGAAUAUUUUCUUCCGAGGCUGUGUUCGGGGUAGAUAACUUGACAAAUUUAUAACCCAGGACAAAAUCCUCCACUUCUCAACCAAAGUAAGUGCCAUCAAACACAGCAGCUGAAUAAACAAUGCAAAAAUAAUGAAAAAAAAAAUUCACUUAAUAGAUUUCCACACUGUCCAUUGUAAACUACAGUAUUACCUGUACAGUAUAAUAAAACACACACACAAAAAAUAAAAAUAAAAACUAUAAAAUUCACAAUACUACUGCACAGUUUUUCACAUGCACACUGUAAACUACUACUGUAUAAAGUUUCUUCUGAGUACUGUACAGUAUAUAGUAUAUCAGAUACAUUUAGAAAGUACUUUGCAUCACAAACUUUAAAUAAAUAAAUGUCAACAUACUUUACAACACAGCAUAUCC